AUGAAUUGAUCCCGUCCACGCCUGCGCAUUUCCCAUUCAUCUUUGGUUUCGUGCAUGCACGAAGCCAGCAGGCGGCCCACGUUGGAAUCAGACUCGCGGACGGACAGCAUUCAGUAUAGUCAAACCACCGCUUAACUCUCUCCCUGAUCUGUCCAGUUUUACUCGUACAAUUGGAGUGGAGUUUCUUUACAAAGCCAGUCUUGAAUGUCCUCAGCCCCACGCGUGCUCUUGCAGUGUGAUACGGUGCUGGAGAAGGACAGAGAGGGACGACCUCACAGCUGCAGGUGUGUUUGGAGCUGUUCUGGGCUGUGUCGGGGACGAGUGUGUGUGUGAGUGAGUGUGUGUGAGAGAGUGAGUGUGUGUGUGUGUGUGUGUGUGUGUGUGUGUGAGUGAGGUGGCGCAGGGGCCCAGAGGAGGGCGCAUGAGGAGAGGGCGUGUCCCACCCCACAGCGCUCCCGGCAACACACCCAGCAACGCAGCCCCCCCCGCUGGGAGACACACUCAUCGCUCCUCCUGCAGCCAUGAGGUCCAUCCGGUCUUUCGGGAACGAUGACCGCCACGUCAUGGCCAAACACUCCACCAUCUACCCCUCCUCAGAGGAGCUGGAGGCCGUGCAAACCCUCGUCUCCACCGUGGAGUGCGCCCUCAAACACGUCUCUGAUUUGAUGGACCAAACCACCCAAUCACAGGCCACCAACGGUCAGGAUGACGACACAGACGUCAGCACAGAUGAAUCAGCCGAAGGCAACACCAAGGAGCCUGGUGGCGGGGUUCUGUGUGGGGUGAUCCGGAUCGGCCUGGUGGCCAAGGGCCUGCUCAUCAAGGACGACAUGGACCUGGAGCUGGUGCUCAUGUGCCGGAAGAAGCCCACCGAGACGCUGCUGCGCACCGUCUCUGACAACCUGCCGCAGCAGAUCCAGAAGCUUACGGAGGAGAAGUACGAGGUGGAGUGCUGCGUUCCUGAGGCGGCCAUUUUGGUCCACAGCACCGGCGAGCCAAAACUCAGAUUGAAGGUCACACUUACCUCACCACGGAUGAGAGAGGAGAGCCCUGCAGACACAGAUGCAGACCGCGUUGAGCCGUGCGAGGAGCCGGAGGUGCUGGACAGAGAGCGGUGCCUGGUGGCGUUGGCGUCCCUGCGGCAUGCCAAAUGGUUCCAGGCUCGAGUGAAUGGGCUGAAAUCGUGUGUGAUCAUCCUGAGAGUUCUGAGGGACAUGUGCAACAGAGUACCCGCCUGGGAACCGCUCAAGGGAUGGCCCCUGGAGCUGAUCUGCGAGAAGGCCAUCGCCACAUGCAACCGGCCGCUAGGAGCUGGAGAAGCCCUGCGCAGGGUCAUGGAAUGCCUCGCCUCCGGAAUCCUGCUGCCUGGUGGACCAGGCUUACACGACCCGUGUGAGAAGGAGCCCAAGGAUACACUGGCCAGCAUGACCUCGCUGGAGGCUGAAGCCGUCACGUACAGCGCACAGCGUGCUCUACGGCUCAUGGCGUUUGGGCAGAUCUACAAGGUCUUGGAAAUGGAUGCACUUCCCUCAAGUAAACCCUCUCAUAAGUACCCUUGGUCAGAUAAAGAAGGCAUGGGUCUCAAGAGACCGUACGAAGAUGGAGUGACGGAUGACAAAGACCUCAUCAAGAAGAUGAAACGCAAUCUGAGAAAAGUUCUCGACAGUAAAGUAAUAGACUCAAACCAACCAAUGAACGCGCUGAUGCGCCUGAACCAGAUCCGACCAGGCCUCCAGUACAAGCUGCUGUCCCAGUCGGGUCCCGUGCACGCGCCCGUCUUCACCAUGUCUGUGGACGUGGACGGCAGCGUCCACGAGGCCUCUGGCUCCUCCAAGAAGACCGCCAAGCUGCACGUGGCUGUCAAGGUCCUGCAGGCGAUGGGCUACCCCACAGGUUUUGAUACUGAUCUGGACUCCAUGAGUGCGGAUGAGAAGUCAGACGGGGAGGGCAAGAGCGAGUCGUCCACCAACUCAAGCAAUAACACGUCCCACUCCACAGACAGCUCCAACACACUGGAGGUGAGAACUCAGGGCCCCAUUCUGACGGCGAGCGGUAAGAAUCCUGUGAUGGAGCUUAAUGAGAAGCGCAGAGGCCUCAAGUACGAGCUCAUCUCAGAGAGUGGAGGAAGCCACGACAAGCGCUUCGUCAUGGAGGUGGAGGUUGACGGGCAGAAGUUCCGCGGCGCGGGACCCAAUAAGAAGGUGGCAAAGGCGAGUGCCGCCCUGGCCGCUCUGGAGAAGCUCUUCUCCGGCCCCAACGCCGCUGGCAACAAGAAGAAGAAGAUCAUCCCUCCGACUAAAGGGGCCAUUGCGGCUGCCGCUGCUGCGUCUGCUGUGGCCGCUCAGGCAGUCAGGGGUCGAGGCCGACCCACUCUAACAAGAGGACCCUUCAUCAGCGCCGCCGCACCGGGAUAUGUCACGCAAGGCUUUGGGACUCCGUAUGGGUACAGUGCAGCUGCAGCAGCUCCGGCUUACGGUCUACCCAAGAGAAUGCUUCUGUUGCCCAUCAUGAAAGUCCCUGCCUUCCCUAUCCCUCAUUACUCCUUCUUUUAGCUCAGGAGCCCACUAAACACACACUCACUCACACACACUCUCACACACACACACACACACACACACACACACACACACACACACACACACACACACACACACACACACACACACACACACACACACACACACACAGAGUCAUAGACAUGUACCCAGCACAAGGUAAAUGAAGGAAAAAAAGUCCUUUUUAUUUUAUUUUUUUCCUCAUUCCCUACCAUAUCAUUGCACACACGUACAGACGGAACACAAAGAUAAGACACAGGUGAACAGGGGAUUAUAAGGACUUUGAGCGGAAGAUCAUUUGUAAAGUGCUUUUUUUCCUCUUCGUUUUUGUUCUGUCACUGUUACCAUCUUUUAUUGAGAAAAAUGCAGGUGUAAGUUCUUGAAAAAAAAAGACUUGAAGGAUUUGUACUGUGAAUUGUUACCUCAUUCUUGGAGUGUAAAUUAUACCAGCCUUUUUUUGUUAUUGUUUUUUUUUUUUUUCUAUAGGAGGGAUCAGACACAAUCUCUGUAAAAGUGACAGGCGCAUUGUGCAAGCUGUAUAGGUAUAAGGAAACUAUUCUUGACAAAAUGAUAAUGAUAAUAAACCUUUAUCUCCUACCACA